ACAUAUUCAUCCAACAAGCGCAGUGGUUCGUCUUCAAGCCUAAGUUUCUUGUCGCUGCGUGUGUUUACAGCCCAACGGGCACAGGUAUCUUUUGUGACUGAAUUUGCGAAGCCAACUGUCGACUCGAUGUGUGGUAUCAAGUGUAUAAAGACCCUCCUUUUUGCCUUCAAUUUUAUAUUUUGGCUUGCCGGCGCGGCGGUCUUAGGAAUAGGAAUAUGGUACGAGAUUGACCCAGGGCAGUUUAACGCCUUUCUUGGGAAUAGUGGCUACCGGCUUCCCUCCAUAAUCUUAAUGGCGACUGGUGGAUUUGUGAUGUUCGUCGGUUUCCUUGGAUGCUGCGGGGCCAUAAAGGAAAGUCGAUGUCUCCUGGGUUUGUUCUUUGGCUGCUUAUUUUUGAUAUUUGCUGCUGAGGCUGUGGCGGGAAUUCUUGGUUUCCUUUAUCGCGACAGGGUUGAAACUGAGGUGGAAAACAGACUUAAAGAAGAAAUAAAGACAAAUUAUGGGGUGAAAAUCGAUUCAACCACUAAUCAAAACGUGGAUAAUUUACAAAUUCGUCUCGAAUGCUGUGGCGCAAGUAAUUACACGGACUGGGACGAAAGUAAAUGGAAAGAAGUCAAUAAGGACAAUAAAGUACCGCUGAGUUGCUGUAAGAAGGACGAAAACACAAGAACUUGCAACAAGGUUUCGAAUUUUGAUAAAAACAAAAUUCAUACGAAGGGUUGUCUUCAGUCGCUAACAGAUUUUGUCGAUAAACAUCUGUUCGUCCUCGGUAUUGUAGCAGUAUCCAUUGCCGGAAUCCAGUUACUUGGAAUGAUUUUUGCCUGCUGCCUCUUCUGUUCUAUUGAUGUAUGAAGGAAAGAGGACGUAAAUCAAUUGAUAUGGGAAUCAUUUAACUAUACAGCUAGUAGUUUAACUGCCUUUUAUUCAAUCUAAUUCUUUGGAAGAAAAAUAAUUGAAGCCAAAGAUAUUAACUCAGCCCAGACAUCAAUUUUUAUCGAGGAAAACUUGGUUGAAUUGAUUAAGAAUUGUCUUCCUUGAAGUUGCUGUCAGGAAAUUGAAUGCUUUCGAGAGCUCUUAGAGUUCUUGUUUUAGAGCGUAUUUUAAUUAAGUCUCGUAAAACCAGAAAAUAAAAAGAAAUCAACGGGAAAUCAAAACAAUGGAAGACGUUAGAUAAAAUGAAAACAAAUUUGAUAUGAAAAUCGACAAUCUUGAUUGAAGUGUGGAAAAACGCGGCUGAUCAAGUCCCUAUUGUCCGGAUUUUUCCAUCUGAUUGAUUGAGAGAGUGGCAUGAGUUUUGUAGAUUAAACAGAUUAAGUUAAAACCAUUGUAAUCCAUGCCGACUGCUUCAGGCACUGAAGCACUGAGAAGAACCAAGGAGCUUAAUGCCUUAAGUCGUUGCUCUGGUGUUCUAUUUGUUUGUUUGGGGUCCGCCUAGAAUAUGACGACGCUAUAUUGAAUUUCAAAGUGCGAACCAACGGGAAAAGUAGGAUGCGGACGUGGGACGUCAUGGAAGAUUGCUACCUCGUUCCCAGGACUUCUCUUAUUUACCGCACAAAAGAGAUCCUGUAUAGUGUGAGAUCCUUCAUCGAUUGCUUUUAUGCAUGAUGACGUCAUUUACUGAAAUUCACCGCCAAGCCUCGUUAACCGUGAAGUUUUCAUAAAUCUUUGCCACUUUCUUGUUGUUUCCGUAUGGGUGUUCUCGUGAUUUCAGUUUUUGGGUCACUUUCUUGUGAAAAUUCAUCACUUCCUUCCUUGAAAGCGAGGUUUGGGGUGGAAAAAGGUAUUUCAAAGUAAAAAUGUAAAAGUCUUGUCUUGGAUAAGUUAUUAGUGUAUUUGUCUUUAAUGAGGCGCUUUUCGAUUGAGUGUCGUUGAACAAAAACCAAAGUAAUCACGCGGCCAAUGAGAUUUAAUGAAGAUAUUACGUGGGCUCGAUAUCCAUUGUUUUCUCGCGUCCAGUCUUCGGUCCGCCCGAGGAGGAGCGCGGGUUCACUCUCCAAGCAGCGGCUGGUAAUCGCGUUAAAUGUCUCAAGGAGUAAACAAAAACUCAAAGUAAAAUCACUUAGCUGGCCGCAAGCGCUGGAAAACGCAAAUUAUCACGUCUCGAUUGGUUGCAUGUGAUUUGUUAAGUAAACGACGAGGGUUUUUUUUAACCAAUCACAAGGCAUGGUCGAAUAAGCUCAAAGUAAUGAUACUAUCGACACUUGAUCGAGAACCGCUUCAACUUUGGAUAGUUUUAAUAGUUAGAGCAGACAGGAUUGAUAAUAGAUACAAUAUAACUAUCCCUAAAACGCGUAAAGCUGGGUCAAACCAUAAAAAUGUACACAUCAUAUCAAAAUAAGGACAUAUAAUCAGCAAAUAAUGUGAAAAACAAAGGUUCAGUGAAAGGGAUAUAAAGAUAAAGGCAC